AUGCUCCUUUUUUGGGCUACCAUGGCUCUCAUAUUGGGUAGUUCAAUUGUCAUCGCCGACUCCCUGAAAGACAUUGAGCAUGUCGUGAUCUUCAUGCAAGAGAACCGUUCUUGGGACUGUUACUUUGGCACCAUGCCUGGUGUUCGUGGAUUCAAUGACCCCAAUGUCCAGGUGAACAGUGAUGGCCAGUCUGUCUGGCAUCAGCGGGUUGAACCGGAGAUGUCGCAAGAUGCGAAGACCCUGCUGCCGUGGUACCUGGGCUACCAGGGUGGAGACAGUCUUGACGCUAUCCAGUGUCUUUCAGCUGGUGACAAUAGCUACUUUGCCAACCAGGCAGCCUAUAAUCACGGCUUGAACAACAAUUGGGCUCGCAACAACACUCCUUGGAGCUGGGGCUACUACAAGCGUCAGGAUAUCCCCGUUCAAUUUGCCAUCGCUGAGGGCUGGACCUCGGGUGACAUGUAUCAGGAAGCUCAAAUUACUGCUACUAAUCCCAAUCGUGUGACCCUGGUCAGUGGUUCCAUCAAUGUCCCUGGUGGUCCCCAAGAUAAGAGCCAAGGCGGUGUUUAUAUUGAUAACAGGGAAGCCCCUGGUUGUGACGAGCAUGGUUCCAGCUGCUAUCCUCUUCGCUGGAAGACCAUCUUUGAGUUCUACGAGGAGGCGGGAUUUCAUCAAUUUCAAAAUGCUCACCCGGAUUCCGCCCUGCACAAAAAGGGGAUGGGAUUUGUGGGACUGGAGGCAUUCUACUUGGCUGCCGCAGCCGGUACCCUGCCAUCCGUCAGCUUUAUCGUUGGCCCUCAAGAGCUUUCAGAGCACCCCCCAUGGAUGCCCAAAGAUGGUGCUUGGCUGCAAAAACAAAUUGUCGACGCCGUCACCAGCAGCCCCAAAUAUGCAAAGACUCUGCUGAUGAUCAGCUUCGAUGAAACCGGUGGCUUUGGUGACCAUGUCACUCCGUUCCAUUCCCCCAAUGGUACCCCUGGUGAAUGGAUGACAGACCCUCUCGGAGUCUUUGGUGACGUAUUUUCUGGGCCCGGAUUCCGCGUGCCGUUCGUCAUGGUUUCACCUUGGACUCGAGGCAACCGUGUCUUCACCGAGCGCGCAGAUCACAACUCUCAGAUCCUGUUCCUUGAAAAAUGGCUCGCAGCCCGAGGUCACAAGAACGUCCAGACCGAUCAGAUGGUGCACUGGCGUCGAGAGCACAUGUCCGAUCUGGUCAAUGCUCUAGACUUUGAAAAUCCCAAUUACUCUCUUCCAAAUAUUCCAGAGGCCGAGACUCCCCACAUUAACAGCAGAGGCACUUAUGUUGGAACCGGGGAGUGCCUAAGCCGUCACAGGGAGCCCCGGCCCCCUGUCUCAUAUGGCAAACAGGACAAUGUGACCAAUGCCUUGUUCUUUGAAGAUGGCUUCAAGGAAGUUGUGGGGUACCUGACCGAAGGUCGUUACUUGACUUUCGAGAAGGGUGGCCAAGCCCUGACCAUGCCCAAGCCAAGAGAUUACAUUAAGAAGCUCAAGGCCGGCCGUGCAAAACGUGACCACAAUGAGAUAACCCAGCGUUGGGUCAUUCACUACAUCAAUGGUGAAGAGAGUGGGAUCUUCACUAUGUCUAGCGCCUUUGAUGGCCGGUGGGUUGGUCAUCGCGGUGAGCUACUCGGUAGUGACUACCGUGAUGCGGCGGCGCCCUUGCGAAUCUCCUUUUUGGGUAAUGGCAAAGGAUAUACCAUCCAGUUCGUCAGAGGUGGGGAGUACCUCACCAUUGAUCGGGAUGGUAACCUUAAGCUGAUGAACGCUUACCCAGCCUCGAAGCAGGGGUUCAAGGUUUUCAGCGUUACCUAUCACCAGUAA